AUGGGAGUUAUGGAAGGAAUAGGCUUUUAUGAUAUCGCCUAUGAGAGUACUAGACUAAUAUUUGUGGUAUUAGCUAAAGCAGGAAUAGCUAUUACAGGUGUUUAUUUCAGCCUUAAGCAGGUUCAAAAUCUCGAUGAUACAUCAAUUCCAUAAUAUCAAGAAACAAAAUAUUACUAUCUCUUCAUGUCUCUUUUCUUGCUACUAGAAUGCAUUGAUAUAUUUGUAGACUACUUUACCGAUCUUAAAGCAACUGGAAAGAUUUGCAAAUUCAUUCCUGCCAAAAUUGCGAAUACAAUGAUUAUAGCUUUUCAAAUCCCAUUUAUAGUUAUAGGAUUGGUGAUGUACAAUUAAAGGAUAAGCACAUCAUGGAAUGACAGGAAGGUACAUUACAUCAAUUAUGAACUAAGUCAGAAUAUCACUCUCUUUAAUAUGACAUUAUCAGAAAGAAGGGAACUAGCUUCUGAGGAAGCAGAUGAAUUUAUUGAUAAUAUCACUAAAGACUAUUUGGUAUUUUCGAUAAUCGUUGCAAUGGGACUCUUAUUGAAUAUUUACUAAUUAUUUAGCGUAAUAGCAGAAAGAGAAGGAGGAACCUGGGAAAAAGUUUUAGAAAAAUUGAUAUUUGAUAUGCUUUUGAGUGGUGUAGUUGUAAUCCUAGUUGUUUAACUCAUUACACCUUUAAGUUUAGAAAUUGAUUUUACUGAAAAUUAAGUUGAUCAAUUGAGCUUAUGGAGAAAGUAAGCUAGAUUUUCAAAGAUAGCCAGUAAUGACUUUACAAUUGGAAUUGAAUCAUUCUAUGCUCUUGGAGUUGCUUGCUUUGAUGUAAUUUAGGGACUUGUUAAAGCCGUAGCUUAUGGUUGUGAUAAAAAGAACGAUGGAAUUAGCUUAGGCGUCAAACUUUUAAUGUUCAAAUGCUUUAUUUUCGUAAUACCUGGAAUAAUUGCAAUCCUUAGCAUUUUUAUUUACUAUUCUUAGACAACUUCGGCAUUAUAAUUUGACUCUCCAGCUGUGCUAUUUUUUUCUUGUAUCUGCAUUGAACUUGGAUUUUUUAGCUUAUUAUUCAUGUUUUCAAUCCUUUUAUGCAUGCUUGGAAUCUGUAAGUGCUGCUGUUGA